CCCCCCCCUUUAUUUUUAGAUGUCUGUGGUUUGUUCUGGAAAUAUUAAUGGCGAAAAACGAAAAUAACAGUCACGCAUUUAUCAGAAAGAUGGUAGAAAAUAUUAAACAAACAAAAGAUGCCCAAGGACCAGAUGAUGCAAAAAUGAAUGAAAAAUUGUACACCGUGUGUGAUGUUGCCAUGAAUAUCAUCAUGUCAAAGAGUACCACAUACAGUUUGGAAUCUCCUAAAGACCCAGUUCUACCAGCUCGUUUUUUCACUCAACCUGACAAGAAUUUCAGUAACACCAAAAAUUAUCUGCCUCCUGAAAUGAAAUCAUUUUUCACUCCUGGAAAACCUAAAACAACCAAUGUUCUGGGAGCUGUUAAUAAGCCACUUUCAUCAGCAGGCAAACAAUCUCAGACCAAAUCAUCACGAAUGGAAACUGUAAGCAAUGCAAGCAGCAGCUCAAAUCCAAGCUCUCCUGGAAGAAUAAAGGGGAGGCUUGAUAGUUCUGAAAUGGAUCACAGUGAAAAUGAAGAUUACACAAUGUCUUCACCUUUGCCGGGGAAAAAAAGUGACAAGAGAGACGACUCUGAUCUUUCUGAAUUGGAGAAACCUCGAAGCAGGAAGAAAACACCCGCCACAGAACAGGAGGAGAAAUUAGGUAUGGAUGACUUAACUAAGUUGGUACAGGAACAGAAACCUAAAGGCAAUCAGCGAGGUCGGAAAAGAGGCCAUACAGCUUCAGAAUCUGAUGAACAGCAGUGGCCUGAGGAAAAGAGGCUCAAAGAAGAUAUAUUAGAAAAUGAGGAUGAACAGAAUAGUCCACCAAAAAAGGGUAAGAGAGGCCGACCACCAAAACCUCUUGGUGGAGGUACACCAAAAGAAGAGCCAAUAAUGAAAACUUCUAAAAAAGGAAGCAAAAAAAAAUCUGGACCUCCAGCAACAGAGGAGGAAGAAGAAGAAGAAAGACAAAGUGGAAAUACAGAACAGAAGUCCAAAAGCAAACAGCACCGAGCGUCAAGGAGAGCACAGCAGAGCAGAGCAGAAUCUCCUGAAUCUAGUGCAAUUGAAUCCACACAAUCCACCCCACAGAAAGGACGAGGAAGACCAUCAAAAACGCCAUCACCAUCACAACCAAAAAAAAAUGUCCGUGUAGGACGCUCCAAACAAGCAGCUACUAAGGAAAAUGAUUCAAGUGAAGAAGUAGAUGUGUUUCAGGGUAGCUCUCCUGUCAAUGAUGAUAUUCCACAGGAAGAAACAGAGGAAGAGGAAAUUUCCACAGUAAAUGUACGACGGCGAAGUGUUAAAAGGGAACGGCGAUGAACAAAUGUAAUUAAUAACUUUCUCUGUAAAAGCUUUGGAAAAAUCUUUUCUUUUUUUGGGUCAAGCUUGAGGCCGAAUAAAGCCUUUGAUGCACAAAAUGGGACUGCUGAAGAGUGGACAGUUGGACCUUACUUUGGUGACCCCAUACAUUUGUGGUCACAUGCUUUAGCCAUACGCUUGGUAACAUUGACUUUGGAGUCUUGUGAAAGUGUAAUGUGCGAUGGCUAUGUAGACAUAAAGAAGAAACUUGUAAAUAUUUUUUUCUUUUUUUAAUGUUUCUGACUUCUAAAGUGCUUGUAUAGCUUUUAUCUGCGGCUUUAAACUGACAGUACCCAGCUGUUUAUUGGAUCUAUUAAUUUGAAAAGAAUUUGUUAGGAUAGAUCUUAAGCAGUAAUCUGUCAGUGUUUGUAUUUGUAUUCUCUGCAAUUUUACUGUGAAAAAAGGUUUUUUUUUUUUUUUUUUUUCAACUUUUUUUGUCAUUUUGUUGAUGUCACUAUUUGUUGGGGAGUUAAAUGGUCUCCUCCCCUUGUGUAUCUUACCUAGUGUUUACUCCUGGGCACCCUUAAUCUUCAGAGGUGCUAAAUUGUCUGCCAUUACACCCGGAAAGAUGCCUCUGAUAGGAGGACAACCAUGCAAAUUGUGAAAUAGUCCAGAAGUUGUUUGAUUACUUUACACCUCAGUAUUGAUUGGUCCCAGAAUUUUCUGGCCAUUCAUGGCAAUGAAAAUUUUAAGAAGAAUGAUUUAAAGUAUUUUAAUUUUAAAGAGUGUGUUAUAAAAUAAUGUACUGAAUUCUUUAUCCCCUUUUAUCUAUCCCUUUCAGUUUUUAUUAAUCUACUGUAUCAAUAAAAUUCUGUAAUUUGAAUGAGUUUUUAAUAGUCUAGAAUGUUAUUGUGUAUAGAUAUUUCCUCUUGAACAUUAUGUUCAGAAAAUGCAAAUUAUUACACUAUAAUAUAAAAUCUGAUAUAUACACUUAGAAAAAUUUCAGCUCUCCAUAAUAGUGUAAAGUUAAUCAGAAAGAAAAAUUUUAUUGAUGCAGUGUGUCUUUAUAAAGCUGUUCUUGAAAGCCAAGUGUUUUGUAUUUUAUAGUGAGUUGCAUGUUUAUGAAAAAAAGUGCUGAAAAUGGGAUGUGCUCUUUUCUGUAAAUUCAUGUUUAGCCAUAGUAUAUGAUAGAUUGCCCCAUAACAUAGUUUUUCAUCAAGAGUUUAUUAUUGUACUUUAUUUUGGAGCCAAAAAACUGAUUCUAGGGGGUGGGGGCAGGGUAGAAGUGGUAUAUCCAACUGUAUCAGCUACUGUAGUUGUCACAGUCUUGUGAACUUUGAAUGAAAUUCCACUUUGUUCAGAUUGGGAGAAGAGGAAAUUUAUUUGGGUUUAGAGCAGGUCUUUUUUUUCUUCAUUGUAAUCUGCAAAAUAUAGAAAUAAAUUACUUACGGCAGUAUCAUUUAUACAGUUGUAUAAACUGUAUUUUGAACCAAAACAUAUAGGUUACUACUUAAUGCUUACCUAAAUUCAUUUUAGUGUUUUAGGUGCUGUUAUGUUUUUUCACGGUCAACACCAGAGGGAAAAAAUCAUAUUCUAACUUAUUAGAUUUAUCACAUUGAAUAGUGGAACAUUUUCAUAUGAUACACCAUUAUGUUUAAGGUAUAUUUCCAAGAUUGGUUAGAAUAGAUGGGGCAUAUAAUAAAGAAGCUACUAUUUUGGAAAAUGACAUUUUACUAUUUGCCAAUGUAUAUUGCAAUUGAUGUGAUUAUUUUUCUUUUAAAGAUUUCUUCGAGCUUAUGAAACAGCCAUUUAUUUUUUAAAAAGUGUUUUAAAUUGUGUCUUAAUAUCUCCAUAUUUAGCUAUUCUUCAUUUACAACAAUACUGAUAACAGUAAUUACGAGAGACUGCUGUAUAUCAAAGCAGCUCAGGUUGGAUCAAGAUACAUUGGUUUUUAAAUGUUUCCUUAGCUCGGUUCUCCCAAACACAUAAUUUCUAUUUCAGCAGUACAAAGGCAUGUUUUAAAAUCUAUAACAUAAAGAAUAAGGAAUAGCUUUGUAUUUUUGUCAUUGAUUAAAUUGCAUCAGAAAUGUUUAUGGAAAUAUAUCUUUAAGACCAUUUUAUAAAACAUACGAAAAAAUGAUUGUGAAGGAUUUUUAUUUGCAUGAUCAUAGUUAACCAGAUUUCAUUGCACAUUUUUGUAAUGCUAGUUCACAAAAAAAAUGUUCGUUGUAGAUUUUGUUAUGUUCAAUGCCAAUGAGUCUGUAAUUUUACAACCUGUCUGUUCUUUUUUUGGGUGGAUUACAAUGUAAUUUUUUUUUUUUUUUGGGUAGAAAAAUAGGUGCAAUAAUGAUCAAAGUUUGGAUGUCUUGAGUCUCCAUCUUAGGGGAUUAUUUUACGUUUAAACUUAACAUUUCAUGUACUAACAUUUGGAGAGCCACAUACUUUACAGCAGAAUUAAGUGUUUAUAAAACAUUAAUUGCUAACAAUUGUUAGCAAACUAUUCAGUGAUAAUGUUCAUUUUGAAAAUAUGUACUGUAUAACAUUAAAAAAAUAUUUAACUCCCUGUACAAGUUCCAUUAUGAAAAUCCUGUUCCUCGGUGAGGUUAUCUUGCUGCACUCUGUAGCAAAUUCGUUUAAUCUACAUUAUAAUAAAAUUUGCUGCAGUGCAACAGGAAGCUUUUUCAGUGAUCUCCACUGUAUAUGUAAAUUACAAAUGUGGCUGUAAAACUUAUUCCAGGUAUUAAAAGUUAAAUUACUUUCUAUAUCUUCUUA